AUGAGUUUCAACUGCUUGACUUUUCAGGUUCUGGAAGAAAGCGACUCGAUCAAUGAGAAGGACCCAUUUGGUAAACAAAAGAAAGUGACAUUUUGUUGUGUAAGUAGAACAUGGUCCGGGCAUUAUGAGCAAAUCAGAAGUGAGGCAAUGCCGGCGACUGGUGAUCCAAAGAAGAUAAAGAAGGGUCAUCGCCGCUUAAAUACCAUUCAUACCAUCUAUGAAUCUAAAGGUUAUGAAGAUGACGCCCAACCAAGGCUGACGAGGAGCUGUGGGAUGAGAAGGGAUUGGAGCUUCGAGGAUUUAAGCGAUGAAAAGAUGAGAAAAGAGAUGAGUGUAGUGUAG